AUGUCCGCUCCCAAUUCCCAAGCCCCCCGUAAGAAGGUUGUGCAUCAGCUUGACACUCCUUUCUCUACUGUCCCAUGCCUCCUGAGCCCCAUUGGGCAGUAUCGACAGACACAAAUCAAGAGAUCCAAGGGGAAGCGUUCAUCGCAAAAGGAGGAAGGGGCCAAGAAGACAGCCCAGGCUUCAGAACAACUUCCAGUGCCCCCAAUGCCCGAGAUAGAAGCCAGUAUCGAUGUCGGCCUUAACUCUAUUACUAGAAACCUGCAGUUGUAUUCGCGACAAGAAACUGAAUCAAUGGGAGACGAACCCUACCGACAAUAUUCCAUGGUCUUUGUAGCGCGGGGCGAUCAAGCCUCAACAUUCAACUGCCAUUUCCCACAGAUGAUUGGGGCGGCAUCUAGGAAGACCAGUUCCGAAAGGAAAACCCGCCUGGUAGGAUUAUCUAAACCAUGCUCUGAACGCUUGAGUUCUUGUCUUGGAGUGCCAAGGGUCUCGUCCGUCGCUAUUCGUAUGGAUGCCCCAGGAGCUGGAGCUCUGCAGGAGUUUGUUAUGAAGAAAGUCGAGCCAAUAGAAGCCUCGUGGCUUGAUGUGUCUUCGGAUGCACAAUAUCUUGCCCCAAAGAUUAAUGCUACAGAAACAACGGUGGGAUCCAAGCGAGCGCGUGUUGAAUGA